AUGGUCAGGGACAUGGUCAUCCUUCAUGCACCCAACUCUGAGUACCGGGAGGAUCUUAGCCGCUUAAAUAACACCACACUUCAGGGUGCCACUGCAGAAAAACUGCUGAAUGCGAUGCAACAGCCUUACUCGCAGAUCGAGAAGGAAGGCCCACCACUAUGUGUAUGGGCACAAGGUUUUGGUCCAGACAAACCACGAAACCUUGGUGACUUACUUCCAUCUGGUUGCUCAGGUUCCCAUCAAGAUGCAACAACAUUUGCAAAGGUGGUUGCUGUUCUUGUCAUCUUACAGGCCGCCUGUGAGUUCCGGCGAACGGCGGCGGCGGCGGCGGCGGCAGGGGGCGUAGCGGCGGCGGCUAUCAGCGACACGCGACACCACGGCAGGCGGCGGGCGGGGGCGGCGUGGGCGGCGGUCGCGGUCCGCACACUCUGCGACAUGGCGCCCCACGCACCGCCUCUGCCUCUGCUGCUGCUGCUGGCCGUAACGGCUGUUGUCACAAACGGGGAGGAGCCCUGCCCGCGCACCCCCGGGCCGCAGUCGACGGUGGCGAGGCUCAAGGACCAGCUGCUGAGCCACUACGUCGCCGAGGAGAUGCCGCCCACCCAGGGCGGCGCGGCCCUGGCCGUCGAACACGCGGUCCUCAUCAAGCACAUACCGGGGAUCUAUAAUAACGUGGCCGACGUCCAGAUUACAGUCGCUCUGAGUUGGCACGACUCCAGGCUGGAAUGGGACCCCGCUCAGUACGAUUACCUCUGGACUAUCUUAGAAGAUUCUACGAGUAUCUGGGUUCCUUUCAUCGGCGUUCAGAGCCACCCGACGAACGUUCCCGACUGGGUGGACCUGACGGAGCACAUGUGCGCCGUGACGAGCUCGGGCGAGGUGAUGUGCAUGCUGGGCAUGAUGGUGCCGGCGCAUUGCCUCAGCGACUACCGCGGCUGGCCCCAGGACGAGCACAACUGCUCCUUCCACGUCGGCUCCUGGAUGUUCACCAGCGAGCGGCUCUUCCUCAAAGAUCUCCACCUCAGGGUGGCGACGUCGCCCGGCACCUCGUGGCAAGUGCAGCAGCACGGCUUCGCGACGACCAACGCCAGCGUGGGGCCGGACGGGCACGUCCGCAGCAGCACACACGUCUGGCUGCAGCUGCGCCACCGCGAGGCCGUCAUGGCCGUCGCCGCCUAUGCCCCCGCCCUCGCACUGACGGUGAUGACGCUGUCGUCACUGUGGCUGCCUUCGGCAUGUGGCGAGCGGCUGGCACUGGUCGCCAUCUCAGUGCUGACGCACUGCACGGUGCUGGUCUACCUCAGCUGGUGGCUGGAGGGCGGCGCCCGCGCUCCUCGCAUAGUGGUGUUCCACCGGGACGGGCUGUGCGCGGCUGGGGCGGCGCUGCUGGUGCUGGUGGGGGCGCACCGCCUGCAGGCGUCCCGGCGCGCCGCCCCCAGCUGGCUGUCGGCCGGCCUCGCGCGACUCCGGGCGUCGCCCGCCGGUCCGCUGCUGCUGCCCCCUGCCGCCCAACAGCCCGACCUGCAGCUGAUGCUCAUAUCGUGUGGUGUGCCCCAGCCGGUGGAGGCGCCGGCGGCCGACGCCGCCUCCCCCGCCCCCGAAGCCGACGUGGAGGCUGCCGGCACUGGCGGCGGCGACGGAGAAGGCGACGCGACUGGCGGAGGCAGUGACGCCCUGAUCGCCAACACCGGCGCCGCCGGCGCCGCCUCCGACGCCGAGUGGUGGGGCGCCGCCUCCGUCCUGACGCAGCGGCUGGGGGCGGCCGGCGUCUGCAGCGCGCUGCUCGCCGCCCUGCUGCGCCUGCUGCUCGCCCACUGACGUCACGCCGCUCCCAGCCAAUCCCGACACUGCGCUCCUACUCCGAAGGACCGUCACAAUUAACUCAACGCCACUACCCCUCGCUGUCGGAUAUAACCACCUAGCGACGCAUUCGAAUGUCAGUGUUUACAAGCGUUCCCCACAAUAAUAUCCGCAUUCCGAUGCGACGGGAGGAACAGAUAUUCCAAUGUGAUACGUGACACGCGAUCGGAGUUGCGCUUUCUGUGUCAUCUUUCACGAGUUUCCUCGCGAACAUGACUACAGUCGUUUUACGAGGGGGUACCCACAGCAAACCGAACUUAUUUUUGAAGAUUUAUUUAUUCAAUUAGAAAAAGCCUUUAGCACCCCUCGGAGUACCUACUCUCCACUGAAACAUUUUUUAAAUUCGUCUUCUGUGGUGCCCGACGGCAUCUGUGCUGUUUUUUUUCUUCACUUCAGCACCGUCAGUAAAACGCUCUCGUUUCGUGUCGCUUUCGUGGAAAUAAAAAAAGGUCGCAAGCGCCGAGCUCAGUUGAACACGGGGGAUAUGGGGCUCGUGGGUAGUGGCACUUUUGGACAAAAACUGUCAUACACACAGGACAGCGUUAUCGACAUGGUAAAACCAGACGCCCGACUGCCGUAAAUGGAGCCUCUUCCGCUGAAAACUAUUAUGCAAUCUUUUCAAACAUCCAUUUAGAAAGCCCGGUUAACUACCCUGACUCAGUGGAAUAAACUCUUUGACGUUCGCCAUCACUCGAGGAGCUGUAUUGGGACGAGACGAAAUUGUCCUCCGCUGAUUAGAUUCUUGCUUCGUUUCGGCGUUUGUAACCGUAGCACUGUGAUUCUCCACCUGAGAUGGCUGUGCAAAAACGUCUCUCUUAUUUCGGAAAUCUUGUUUCAAAGCGCAGCACGAUUCCACGCGACGUUACUUUUCUUCAACACGAAUCUGGCAGCCGCCCUUUUCAUCUCUACAGCUUCCGUCAAAGAUCGACUAAAUGAGUUCAAAAUCAAACCAGACAGAUCCAUAACCGUACGCUGUACACUAGGAUCAGCCUUUAGAAAAAUGUCAAGCGCACAUAACAUGUCACUAAAAAAGUGAUUCAAGCCGAAUGGAAUCUAAUCAGCGACGGUGCUUGGCUCACGGAAUCAGGAGUGGUGAAGAGACUGCAUGUUGUACAUAAGCUCUCUCUGGAAGGAUAACUGUAUAAACUCUCAGUGGCAAAAAGCAGUACUACAGAAAGAAAUACAAAUACAAACGCUUUGCUCACCUUCAGCAUCUUUAUAUCGAGUCUGUGUCACCAAAGUUAAAUGAAAUAAUAAUAAAAACUUGGACAAAUGCCAUCAAGAACAGAAAAAUCAUGCAAGAUAGAUACACUGCCUAAUUAAGUAAAUUACAAUAACAAUAAAUAAUUACAUAAUGGGGAAAUUACAAGAUAAAUGCCCCACAUAGUUAAGUGAAUGACAAAGACAAUAAAUACAAGAGUCAAACACAAAGUAAUGUACCAAAUUUUAUUUUCCUCAGCAAUUAUUUAUGGAACAUAAUGAAACGCACACACAAGAGAGAAUUACGUUUCUUGUACACGUCCUGUACGUCCUUGUAAUUUCCCUCCUGUUCUGUGGCCCUCCUCUAGCGCGACAAAAACACGUGUAUGUCCUGUUGGUACCACAACUUGUUCUGGUCACGAAACCGCUUGUUCACUGUGCGCAUCCCCUCUUCGUCAUCCUCAAAAUAUCUUACACGAAUGACAUCCUUUAAGGCCAGGUUCUAAUUCAAGUGACCAAAAAAUAGGCAAAGUUUGAAACUUUUUGAGAGAAUGAAAAGAUAUAUAAAGGAUGUGUUUGAACUUUAUUUUAGAUUUUCAAUUAAAAAACAAAAUUUCGCUCAUAAUUACGGUUUGAUCGAGAGCCUGCGAGUUUGAAGGACGCAGACUGUGUGCAGUGUAGCCCUCAGGAGUUAUCUGAAAUCAAAAUGGAUAACAUCAGUCAAUACUACAUUAAAUGUAUGGAAGCUUAUACCUAACCACAAUGAAAUAACCUUAAAUUUAACGAUAUGGUGCUAACUCGAACUUUGAGUUCGACUUCUGUUUUUUUUCACUUUUUGUGGCUUUACAAAGGAUAGUUAAUAUUAAAAAUUUGCUGCAUUAUAAGCUCCAAGAAAAUGUGUACGUCUCGGUAGUCAACAGUAGAAGUUAAUAGAUUGAACCGUUUUUAUUUUAUGCUAUACGAAGUUUCCAACAAUCGUUUCUCGAGAAAAACCUGUUUAAAAUUUAGGAAAAACUUUUAUAUGUAUUAUUCGUUGAAUUUGCAUAAAAACUACUUGUUAUUACAUAUUUUUGAUGUCGCUGAACACAAAUCUGACGUUACAUUUUUAAAAUUCGGAAUAGCUAAUCCAAUGUGGUGGGCCAGAAAUUAUGUUUUGACCAUUUGUGAGGAAAAUAUGACGAAAAAAAAGUGUUUUCAUUACUUACGUUUUGCCUGUCGUAUGUCAACCUUUCCUCGAACUCUAAUUGUUUCUGGAGAGCAAGUCCCUCGUUCUUCUUGGAGAGAAAAGCCGAUCUGGCUGAGCUGGAGUGCUGUGUUCGGCAGCCUGCACACGUUGUUCGUCAGCUUUUUCGGCGAAUAUGUCUGCACGCAUACUGCAGUAUAAAUCACUUUGUGGCUGAGAGCAUCCCACGGCGACCGCGACAAUGCUUCGAACAGUGGGCUGUAGAGACUUUUGUAACGCACGGAUUGAAAAAACCUUAUCGUCCCAACAUGCUAGACACAUAUACCUUUCAAAAAAUGCAAUGUAAAAACGUAUUUUCGAUCAUUUUGAAUGAGAACCUCGCCUUAAUGGUCCAAAAAAGUGGAAGUGUGAAGGAGAUAGAUCAGGGCUGUAGGGUGGAUGGGGUAACACUGUCCAACCCUGUUUAGUGAUGUGUUUCCGAAGUCCUCGAACUUGUGUGAGGCCGAGCGUUAUCAUGUUGAAUCAAUCACCUGGGUUGUCACUGGAAGUGCUUCUUGAGUUCGGUUAAUGUGUUCACAUAUGCUUCAGAAUUAAUGGUGCUGCCUCAUUGCAUCACAUCAAUGACACAGUGUGACACCCUCACAGUCCCUAAACACAGUGCCAUGAUCUUACCAGCAGAAGCAGUUGCUUAGAAUUUUUUUUCUGUGGAGAGUGAUGGUGAUAUCACUGCAUCAGUUCUCAUUUUGUUUCGGGUUCAAAAUAGUGAACCAAUGUUUCAUCACCUAUCACAUUCCGGAAUAGAAGAUUUUCCCAUCAGCUUCAAAAUGUAGCAGCAACUCGUAAGAAAUGUUUUUUCGGGGAGAUUUGUGUUUCACUGAAGGCAGGGCAUAAGCAUCGUGCACACACUUUUGAAUGGUAUAGAGCACGGAUGAUUGCAUCCACAUUUCCUUUGCUGAUUUACAGCUUCAGCGCCAACUGCCAAAUCCUUAUGCGACGGCCACCUGAAUGAGCACAUCAGCAAGCUGCACCUUGUCAGAUAUGAGCAGGGAGUUCUGGAGAACCGCCUUCUGAUGGCCCCAACGUCUAUGCCGCGCUACAAUCAGUACUUCUGCCAACUGCAGUUGCUUCAUAAACUGCACACAAACGUUUGUGACUGUUUCCAACCGUUACUUUCUCCCCAGUCACAAAUUCAAUGACGCAUGCUGCUUGCAACGUACAUCGCUUACUGGUGCCAUUUUGAAACACUGUUGCAGCUGCGCUAUCUGUAGGAGGAAACGGAAAAUUGGCGUGCGAUCUCCGGAAACUUCAAAUAAUGAUUACCUAACGUUUCACAUUCGUACCGUUGUUAUUGACUGAGAAAAAAAAAAGUGGUGCAUUACUUUCUGAAUGAACCUUAAAAUUACACAGAUAAAUUAAAAUAAGCACUUGAAACAGAAAUAACAUAGUUACACAACCUGGCGUAUAUCGAUAUAUAAUAAAUUCUGGUGUUUGUUUAUUGCUUAUUCUCAUAACAAAUGUAGGUCAUUUGUUACACUCUCAAGUAACUCCUGAGCAGAGUAAAAUGCUUUACAUUUCAUCCGUAAUAUAAAAUCAGUUUCAAAUUUAUUCAUUGGUACUAUAUAGGCAUUUUCAGCUAAAUUGUUAAAGUGGACAAGACCAAGAUAUUUGUAGCUAUUAUAGGUCUUCGCCAGUCUUGCAUAUGGCACAUUAAUUGUAUUCCACGUCUUGUAUUACGUUCGUGAAUUGUCGUCCUUAAGUAAAACAUACAUAGGUUUUCUAUAACAAAAAUACAGUAGUUUUAGAUGUACAGGCUAGAUACUGUCAUUAUAGUUGUUUCCAAUAGUCUCUGUAUUAUUCACGUGGGCAAAUUUCCAAAAUGCACCUUGUAGCUAUCUUUCGCCAUUUAAACACUAAUUUAGAGCAUAGAGAACUGCCCCAUAACGGAAACCCAUAACUUAGGUGGUUGCGGAAGAUUGAAAAAUAUGGAUAUAAUAGAAGUUCUACACUAACACUGCUUGUCAGCUUGUACAGCAGGCAGAUUACACAUGUUAGUCUGCUAUAUAAUUUUCUUGUGUGGAUAUUCCAGCUAAGCUUUAGGUCUGUAUGCAGUGCUAAUAGUUUGACUGUUUUGCUAUCAUGAGUGGUAGCAGUCUGACUAUAUACAAGGACCUCAGUUUUAUUAUCAUUCCUGCAGUACAUUUGUCUCGAACCAAGCAGUACAUCUCUCCAUCGCUACUGCUAUGCUGUGUUGCACAUUCUCUAGGUUGGUGUCACAUAUGAUAGGUCUUGUGUCAUCUGGAUAAUGUCCAACUAUGGUUAAACAGUUUCUAUAAAGAAUGAAAAGGGAAGGUCUAAGAAAAAUGCCUGAUAUCCAUCUUUUACAACUGGACUUUUCAUUAUUUAUCUUAUCUAACUGAUUUCUACUGUCCAAGUGAGACUGCAUUAAGUAUAGAACAUUCUCUCUCACUACGCAGCGGCGGAGUUUUUUUAUGAGAGUAUUGCUUUCCUGGGGUCCAGCAGAGUUGCACAGAUAAUCUCUCUAUUUUCAAAACAACUGCAUAUUUUUUCCACUGCGCUUUGAUCUGCUUUGGCUGUAGAAAGGCUGCACCUGAAACAACCCGUGAGGAGUUAAACAUUAUCAUUAGAUUCAAAAAUAUUGACUCAUCAGUUUAUGAAUGCCGUGGUCUACUAUUUUUUAUAUUAUAAGUGACAAAGGCCAACAAUUAUCUGAAUAUGCUUUAUCUCCUUUCUUAUGAACUGGUUUUUUACCGGUAAUUUCAAACAUUCAGGGUUAUUACCUGUUUUUAACAUUUUAUCGGUUAUUCUAGUCUAUGACAUUACAACUUGAUUUCUGAUAGAUUUAUAAAUGUAAUUUGAGAGCCAAAGUAAUCCUCUGCUCUAGAAUUACUGACAUUAGCUACUGAUCCGUUGACCACCUUCUCUGUUACAUGAUCCAGCAAAAGCUGUUGCUCAGUUUAUUACUUAUUUCUGGCAGUAGUGCCUGUGACUCUCUCACAUCUGAGUUAGGACUGACAAAAAUGUGAAUUUAGACUGUUAGGUGAAAUAGCUAUCUGCUGUACUUUAUCUUCAAAAUCUAUUUCUGUUCUAAUAGUUUCCAAUGCAGCUUUGCGUUUAUUCAUUGAGUUUGGUAUAUAUGUAUUAUUUCUUUUGCACUCUGCUACCAUGAUUUCAAAUAUGUCAAGGUUUUUCACUUUCAUAUACUUUUCCAAGUCAGCAUUAUUAUACUUCGACCUAUCAUGAUAUGGAAACAUCAUGAUUCUUAUUCUACUAAUAUUUUGGAUGUGUCAGUUUUAUAGAUUUUUUGGUUUAUUGCAGCGACUCUGCCUACAUGUUUUCAUGUAGCCUUCAGAACAAAAUGUACAGUUAAUAGGUCUAAAAAUUUAUUGUUCAGUUCAUCAGCAUUGGUUAUUAUUGUAUCCCACUUUACUGAAUUCAGUUUACUUAUUAAAUUAUUCAGCUCUGAGUCAUUAAUUAGUAAUAUAAUUCUUUUAUGUGCUGUGGAAGUUUCAGUUAUUUUACUGUGAAGACCUUGUCUGAGCAAUAGUCCCUCUUGCUCAGAAAUGCAUACCCUGACCAUGUCAAAUUCUCUUUUGUUUAGGUGAAUUAUUAUUAAUUGUAUGGCAAUUUACACAGCACUUUAUAAAUACAAAUAAAAUAUUACAGAAGUCACAAA